AUGGCUGAUCCGGUCGUAUAUAUACUUCAAAAUUCAACCAUAACUAUCCCAGAGAUGUGUAGCGUUUUAUUAGAUCCUCAAUGUAUGCAACACUUGGGGCUAUCGGUCACACCAGCCGUGAAUUGGGUUUUACCGUUGCCUAAACCCAAACCAUUCAAACCGAGGCCCGACUCAGGGAAACAAAUGAAAAUGUUGCACAUGACUGAUAUUCAUCUAGACCUGUAUUACACUCCCGGGUCUAACGCCCUGUGCGAUGAGCCCAUGUGUUGUCGGUCCACAUCUCACGGACACAACAAUUCAGCCGGUUAUUGGUCUGAGAUGUCGGGCGUCUGCGAUACUCCCCUAUCCUUUACUGAAGAGGCCGUCAAACACAUUGGAAACAAUCACAAAGACCUGGAUUUUGUGAUUUGGACGGGAGAUAGUGUACCACACGAUGAAUGGAACUGUUCUGAAACGGGAAAUCUUCUUCAUAUCAACACAACAACCAAUUUAGUUAAGAAAUACCUUAAGGGAAAAAGUGUUUUCCCAAUUAUUGGUAAUCACGAGCCCUGCCCUUUCAAUAUGUAUGUGCCAAAUGAGGUGUCCAUCAAAUCAAAGGGUCAAAUGUCGUUGAGCUGGUUAUACAACACUCUGGCCGACGACUAUUGGGCGCAAUGGAUAAACACUGCGUCCGCUAAGAAGGCAUUUAAAAGGGGCGGCUUUUACUCCAUACAACUCAACGAUCGGUUGAAGAUUGUUGUCCUAAACAAUAACAUCUGCGGCGGACGUAACUAUUGGGUCGCUUAUAAUCCGGUCGAUCCGGACGGACAGCUCAAGUGGUUUAUUGACGAGUUGGACAGCGCAGAGACUCAGGGAAUACAUGUUUUGAUAUUAACUCAUCAGCCAAUGUCUGCCUGUUAUGAGUCGUGGGGAAACAAUUAUAUGAGAAUUGUUGAGAGGUAUGCGAAUGUAAUAGUGAGCACAUAUUAUGGUCACACACAUUACGAUGAGAUACAAGUGCUUUACACCAAGAAUCUCAUCACUAAUGAGACGUAUCCCAUAUCACACGGUUAUGUCGGCUCCAGUCUCACCACUUUUAGUCGUCUGAAUCCCGGAUAUAAGAUAUUCACUUUGGAUAGCAAUGGUAAAGCAUUGGAUUACGACUUAUACUACACUAAUAUGACGGCCGAUAACAUCGCCGGUAAAAAUGUAAUCCCGAAAUGGAGUUCAGAAAAGGCACUGAAAAAGGUCUACGGCUUGGAUUCACUGACAACCGACUCGUGGCACCAGUUCUUGACAAAAGCCCAAACAGAGGACAAACUCUUACUGAAUAAGUUGCGAUCAAAUAUAGAUCACGGAAAUCACACUAAGCAAGCGUGUAAUGACUGUGUCUCCGCUCUAACCACUGCCAAACUGGUCCUCAAAACGCCGGAUGUGUUGAAAUCGGCCGCAAAGACCAUAUGUAAGACACCGGGUGUUGUCGAACCAAACCGCGUAUGUGUCGGCACAUUAAACAUUAUGUCCGAUCCGGUCGUAUAUAUAUUGCAAAAUUCAACCAUAACUAUCCCAGAGAUGUGCGGCGUUUUAUUAGACCCCCAAUGUAUGCAACACUUGGGAUUAAAUGUCACUCAAGCCGUGAAUUGGGUUUUACCGUUGCCUAAACCCAAACCAUUUAAUCCGAGCCCCGACUCAGGAAAACAAAUGAAAAUGUUGCACAUGACUGAUAUUCAUCUGGAUCUGUAUUACACUCCCGGUUCUAACGCCCUGUGCGAUGAGCCCAUGUGUUGUCGGUCCACAUCUCACGGACAUAACUAUUCGGCCGGUUAUUGGUCUGAGACGGCGUCCGUUUGCGAUACUCCCCUAUCCUUUACCGAAGAGGCCGUCAAACAUAUCGGAAACAAUCACAAAGACUUGGAUUUUGUGAUUUGGACGGGAGAUAGUGUACCACACGAUGGCUGGAACUGUUCUGUAGAGGAAAAUCUCGAUCAUAUCUAUGCCACCACUAAUUUGGUUAAGAAAUACUUGAAUGGAAAAAGUGUUUUCCCAAUCAUUGGUAACCACGAGCCCUACCCUUUCAAUAUGUAUGUGCCAAAUGAGGUGUCCAUCAAAUCAAAGGGUCAAAUGUCUUUGAGUUGGUUAUACGAUACAUUGGCUGACAAAUAUUGGUCGCAAUGGAUAAACACUGUGUCCGCGAAAACUGCAUUUAAAACGGGCGGCUAUUACUCCACACAACUCAACGAUCGGUUAAAGAUUGUGGUCCUAAACAACAAC